AUGCUGAUGAGAAAUUUGGACCAAUCUGAUGGAUUGUGCAAUGGAACAAGAUUAAUUGUUACAAGAUUGACCACUCAUGUCAUUGAGGAAAAAAUUAUUUCUGGAAAGAACAUAGGUAACAUUUUUUACAUUCCUCGAAUGUCUAUGUCACCUUCUGAGUCACCGUGGCCAUUUAAGUUGAUUAGGAGACAAUUCCCGAUCAUUGUCUCUUUCGCAAUGACAAUUAAUAAGUCUCAAGGUCAGUCACUUGAUAGCGUUGAAUUGUAUUUGCAUUCUCCCGUUUUUAGCUAUGGACAACUUUAUGUUACAAUUUCAAGAGUUACUACUAAAAGUGGUCUUAAAAUCUUAAUACACAACAAAGAGAAUGUUUCGUGCUCCACCACUACAAAUGUUGUAUACAAGGAGGUUUUCCAAGCACUUUUUUUAGAUGGUAUAUGA